AUGAUACAUGAAGAGCAUGAUGAGUUUAUGGCUGCACUUUUGAAUGCAUUGAAGAGUGAUGAAGCCAAUGAAUUGAGAACUUCCAAAUCCCACAUUGUUGCAAGAUGUGGUGUCAGGCCACCCAGGGUUCAAGAUCCUGAUAAGGGUAAACAAAAGAAGCAACAGAGAUACCAGCCACAAAAACAGUCUUGUAAAUGGAGGUUGUCUGCUUCAUGGAUGCAUACAGAAAGGUCCUUUCAGGUUAAAAAGUUGGAUGAUGAGCACACUUGUGCCAGGAAUUUCAAAUAUGGUACACUUAUCAACUACAAAUGGAUAGGCAGACACUUUGCAGACAGAAUAAGGCAACAACCUGAUAUAAAGUUCAGUAUAUUGCAAGAGUUGGCUUUGAAUGAGUAUGAGAGAUCACUUGAGGAGCACCAUGCUUUGCUUAAACCUUAUGUUGAUGCACUGCUAAGAACAAACCCUGGUUCCACUGUCCAAUUGGGUACUACCACUAAUCCUGAUGGUGAGACUUACUUUGAUAGGUUUUAUGUGUGCCUGAAUGGUCUGAAACAACGGUUCAAAAAGGGUUGUAGGAGGGUGGUAGCAUUAGAUGGGUGUUUCUUGAAGGGAUCAUGUCAAGGAGAGUUACUAACUGCUAUGGGGAGAGAUGGGAACAAUCAAAUAUUCCCAAUUGCAUGGGCAAUAGUCAAUGUGGAGAACUGGACUUGGUUCCUAACAUUGUUGAGCAAUGAUCUUGAAGCUCCAAAUGGACAGUUUCUCACUUUAAUGUCAGAUCAGCACAAGGGUCUUGUUGAAGCUGCAAAGAAUGUAAUGCCAAGAGCUGAGCACAGGCAGUGUGCCAGACAUAUCUAUGAGAAUUUCAGGAAGACGUAUAGUGGAGUUGAAUACAGACACUUGUUUUGGAGAGCUGCAAAGGCUAGCUACCCUGCCCAAUUUGAUGCAGUUAUAAAAGAAAUGAAUAAUGUCAAUCCUAAGGCUUUCAAAUACUUGAUGGAAAGAAAUCCAAAGUCUUGGAGUAGAGCCUUAUUUGAAACAGAAAAUUGUUGUGAAUCUGUUGAGAAUGGAUAUUCAGAAUGUUGGAACUCUGUGCUUGUAAAGGUAAGAAACAAACCUAUUAUCACACUUUUAGAAUCUUUAAGAGUGAUAUUGAUGAUUAGGUUAGAAAGUAUGAGAGAGAAAAGUUCUAGGUGGGAACAUGAGGUUUGUCCAGCCAUUAGGAAGAAACUAGAUAUAAUAAAAAGUCUGAGGUCAGAUUGGAUGACCAUUCAUGCUGGUGGAAAUAAGUUUGAGGUUAGAAACCACAGGUAUGCAUACUCUGUGGAUAUGGAUAUGGGAACAUGUGAUUGCAGAAUGUGGCAAUUGAGUGGUAUACCCUGUGUCCAUACCAUGCAAGCUAUCUAUAAGAAGAAUAAGGAUCCAGAGGAUUUUGUGGCUAUUUAG